GGACCCCCCCCACCCCUCCGGACCCCGCGGUGGUCAGCCCGGUGCCUCCCCUGACCCCGGGGGCCGGACUGGGACCAUGACCAAAACGGACUCGGUGGCCGGGCCCCCUGAAGAGGAGGAGCCGCUGGCCCCGCCGCCACCGGACCCCCCGAGCCCCAUCCUGGAGAGAAGGCAGAAGCCUGUGGUGCACCCCUCAGCCCCGGCCCCCCUGCCCAAGGACUAUGCGUUCACUUUCUUCGACCCCAACGACCCCGCCUGCCAGGAGAUCCUGUUCGACCCGCAGACCACAGUGCCGGAGCUGUUCGCCAUCAUCCGCCAAUGGGUGCCCCAGGUGCAGCACAAGAUCGACGUCAUCGGCAACGAGAUCCUGAAGCGCGGCUGCCACGUCAACGACCGGGAUGGGCUGACGGACAUGACCCUUCUCCACUACGCCUGCAAGGCCGGGGCGCAUGGCGUGGGGGACCCGGUGGCGGCCGUGCGCCUGUCGCAGCAGCUACUGGCCCUGGGGGUGGACGUGACCCUGCGCAGCCGCUGGACCAACAUGAACGCUCUGCACUACGCCGCCUAUUUCGACGUGCCGGACCUCAUCCGCAUCCUCCUCAAGAGCUCCCGGCCCCGCGUGGUGAACUCCACCUGCAGCGACUUCAACCACGGCACCGCCCUGCACAUCGCAGCCUCCAACCUCUGCCUGGGGGCCGCCAAGUGUCUGCUGGAGCACGGAGCCAAUCCCGCCCUCAGGAACAGUAAGGGGCAGGUGCCGGCCGACGUGGUGCCCGACCCCAUGGACAUGACGCUGGACAAGGCGGAGGCGGCCAUGGUGGCCAAGGAGCUGCGGACGCUGCUGCAGGAGGCCGUGCCCCUCAGCUGCGCGCUGCCCCGGGUCACGCUGCCCAACUACGACAACAUCCCCGGGAACCUGAUGCUCAGCGCUCUGGGCCUAAGGCUGGGGGACCGCGUGCUGGUCGACGGGCAGAAGGCUGGGACCCUGCGGUUCUGCGGCACCACGGAGUUCGCCAGUGGCCAGUGGGUGGGCGUGGAGCUGGAUGAACCCGAGGGCAAGAACGACGGCAGCGUUGGGGGCAUCCGCUACUUCAAUUGCCCCCCCAAGCAGGGCAUAUUCGCAUCCGUGUCCAAGAUCUCCAAGGCGACGACGGAUGCCACGCCAUCCUCGGUCACCUCCACCCCCCGCACCCCGCGGAUGGACUUCUCUCGGGUCACGGGCAAAGGCCGCAAGGACAAGAAAGCAGUCAAGAAGAAGUCCCCCUCGGUGAGCAGCCUGGAUCGUGAGGGGGUGAAGAUCGAGCUGGGGGAGCAGGUGCUGGUGGCGGGACAGAAGCAGGGGGUCAUCCGCUUCUACGGCAAGACCGACUUCGCCCCCGGUUACUGGUUCGGCAUCGAGCUGGACCGGCCGACGGGCAAGCACGACGGCUCCGUCUUCGGCGUCCGCUACUUCACCUGCCCCCCGAAGCACGGAGUCUUCGCCCCCGCCUCGCGCGUGCAGAGGCUCGGCGGCCCCAAAGACCCCCAGAGCGAAGGUGCAUUGGCGAAAAAGGUCCAUCAAGUCACCAUGACGCAGCCAAAACGCAACUUCACUGCCGUCCGCACCCCGAAGGACAUCACGUCGGAAAACUCUAUCUCCAGGUUGCUCUUCUGUUGCUGGUUCCCGUGGAUGUUGAGAGCAGAGAUGCAGUCUUAAACGGACCCCCACACCUCCCGGGCCACCCCACAAUGUGUCUCCCCCCUAGAGCAGGUGUCCCUCUUCCCCGUGGCCCCUCCCGCCCCGCCUCCCACCCCCCCCCCAAAAAAGUCUGGAUAUUUCAUUCUUGCUCUUUUAGAGAAAUGUCUAUUUUUAAAAAUAACUGUCUCUCCCUUCCCCCUCCACCAGGAGCCCCAGUCAGAACUGGGCUGGGGCAAUCUACCGGCUGCCUCCCUCCUUCUCCCCGCCCCCCUGAAGGAGCAGGGGAGGGGGUGAGGGGCAGGAAUCCUGGCUCCCAGUCUUCCCAACACCUGUCCACCCAAGCCUCUCCUCCCGGGGGGCCUGUGGACAGGGCCGCGAGGCCCCUCUCCCGCAGUCAUCGCUGCCGUGGGUGGGGAGACCCCUCCCUUCUUCCUCCCUCCAUCGCCCACUCACUGUCAAUUGGGGUGGGAUGUCAGAGGACUGACCACCUGGGGGACCCCGGACACCCUCUCUUCCACCCCAAUUCCAGAGCCCCCCCCAAAAUCAGGGCCCUGUGGAGGGGGUGGUUGUGUCCCAAGUUCUCUCCAGACCCAGUGUACCCUUGCUGGUCCAUGGGGGUGGAGACCUGGGGUCGGGGAGAAGGGUCUCCCCCAGCCCCAUUUUCUCUUUCUCUGCCUCUAACGUAUUCUGAGGUCCCCUCCUCUCCCUCUUCCCCUUUUUUUUUAUUCUCUUGAUCUGAGUUACAUUGUUCGGUGAGCGCACUGCUGCUCUGGCCUCUUCCACCUCUCUGAGCACCCCCAGAACCCCUCCCUCCCCGCAUGUCCCCCAACCCACAGCCCCCCACUCUCCAGAAACAGCAUGACAAGAACAGUCUGUCUCUCCGCUUCUCACCUCCCAAGCAUUAAUAAAGAGUGUUUCUAUGUGCA